AUGAGGCUGCUCAACUCUCAGACGGCUACUGUCUUGAUCUUUGUGCUGAUAAUACUGUCAAUAGUCUCAAAUCUUUCUUCUGACAUAGGCAGGACUUUUGAAUCGCACAAAAUAGUGGAAUUUGAUUAUUGGCACAAAUGCAUUAUGGAAAGAUUUGACGAAAGACGGAAGAACGAAAGUUCAGAAAGGCUAUGGAUGAGCUUCGCAAACAUCACUCAGACUUGCGCAGAUGAAUCAAAAGUGUCAAGGAUAAAGCUAACACCUAUCGUAAAUGCUGAUGAGACCAAAUACUAUGUAUUCAGCGAUAAUCCUGGAGGUCGUAAUCUAAAUGUGAUUGUCUCUAUUGGGAUUGGUGGGAAUGUUGAAGCCGAGCUCGCGCUAAAAGAAAAGCUAACCGAGGACAGCAAAUUUUAUGGAGCCGAUCCCGUUUUUUCUAAUGCAGAGCUUUUCCGUAAAGUUGGAACAUUUAUUCCACUUGCAGUCAGUACGAGGACGGGUUUUGUGCGGACUAAAAUCCGCAACGAUAAAGGUUGGCCUUACUUAGAACCGAAAAUGUGA